AUGUCCUUUAGAAGUGCUCUGCUGUUCAGCGUGCUGCUGUUCGGAUACCUCUACUGGAGCUUAGCCCAGCCGACGAAUCUUUUAGAAAUCCGCUGCAAGUUCAUGGAACCGAUAUUAGACUCGAGCGAAUGUAAAUAUGGAUCCUUUUCCAACAUCUGCAACAAGUUAGACUGCUGGAAGGGGCCGGGAGAUAAAUGCGGCGACAAUAUAUCCGCCUCCAUCCGCUUUGGGCAGUGUGCGCCCGGGUUGGCGUGCUGCAACGGCGAGUGCAAGGGUUGCAUCAACGGUAACUGCUACAGCGUAUCUUGCCAUCCGUCCCACGCGCUGGGGUUGCGUUCCGAUCCCUACAUGCCGGUACGCCACAUGGACCCGCUGUACAGGAUCUUCGAUUACUACAGCAACGAGUAA